UGUUCAAUCUCAUAGCAUUAGCAUUGAAUUAUUCGUGGAGACUUUCGAAAAAAAAACAGAAAGUUUCCAUCAAGCGAUAAUUAUCUGAUGCGCAAUAUUUUUGAGAUCUAAGAAUAGAAAAUAGUCAUUGAGGCCAGAUCUGGAGAAUGCGGUGGAUGCGGAAGUAAUUCGAAGCCAAUUCAUAGUCUUUUGCCAUCGUUUUCACAGACCUAUGACACGGUGCAUUGGCUUGGUGAAACACCCUUACCUUUUUUUCAAAUGCGGCCGUUUUUCGGCAAUUUUCUUCAAAUAGUCCAGUAACGCUAUGAAAUAGUUGCUUUAUCAGCAGCUUAUUUCAAGAUAGUCAGUAAAAGUUAUUCGUUGUGGAUUCCAAAAUUCAGAUGCCAUAAUCUUGUCAGCCGUAUACUGCUUUUUCCACGCUUUGGAGCGGAUUUAUCAUAAACAGUAUGACUCGGAUGACUGUCGAUCGCACUUUGGAGUGAAGUGACAUAUCCGAAAAAGCGAUUGAUUCUACAUUUCACUGCCAUUAACUGAUGAGAUUGAAGCAAGCAAUUGAAAACAAACGGCCAGAACUGAUCAACAGAAAGUUCUUCGUCUUCCAUUAGAACUACGAUAGACCACAGACAUAUUUGAUGACUCGGCAAAACCUGGGAGAGCUUGGCUGGGAAAUUUUGAUGCAUACACCAUAUAGCCCUGACCUUGAGUAAUCGGACUACUAUUUGUUACGGUCAAUGAAAAACUCCCUUAAUGGAGCAAAGUUGGCUUCAAGAGAAGCCUGUGAAAUUUAUUCGACGAAAUCGGCACAUAUUUAGUUUAUUAAAAUUCAUUAUAAAUAUAAAAACACAAAAGUUGAAAUUUGAUUAGAAAUAAGAAAAGACUUUUUCGACUAUCGAACACAAACCAUUUUUGUAGAGCAGACUAUUUUCUACAAAAUGUAUGAAAGGGAAUAUUUUUUCAAGUAGUUUGAAGCGGGAUUCGAAUUUUUAUCUGAAAAUAAGUAAAAAUCAAGAUCUCAUCCUUGGAGAAAUUUGCUUAGAGGUUGCUUUUUAACCCACCCUAAUAGAUAUAUACAUAUACAUAUAUAUAUAUAUAUACAUAUACGUGUGUAUGCAUGUGGAAUUUUCGUUAUUAUGACACAACCGAAGAUUUAUUAGAAUAAAGUUCAAGUUGAAGUACAAGAAAUAACAGUAAUAUACAACUCAGUGCACCGAUCCUGAAUUGAACACCUAUUCAAUACACACAUAUAUCCAAUUACGUGUUUACCGUUACCUAUUCAUUUAAAACAGUACAAUGAUCUUUUCUCUCGCGCAGCGGCGAAGUGUCGAAAACCUCUGAGGGCAUUCACUUUCAUUAUUGGCACAGUGCACUUUUUAUCAAUCUCACACAAAAAUUUAUAAAUUGGCAUUUCCAAAAUUUCUUUAUCACUGGCUGGGCAGAAUUCAAACCAGUUCACUCAAUCAAUCCAAACCGAAGAGACAACAAUACUGUCGUUAAGAUCAUAAAAUAUUUGUAAUUGAAGAAAAUUUUUGCAUAAUGAAAGCCAUAUUCGUCCUGACGCUGUGCCUGCUGUUGCGUGGCAGUAUGUGCAGCGAGCGAUGUCAGCACCAACACAAAGGGGAUAACGAGCGCUUCCCUAAGGACUUUUCCUUUGGCGUUUCGACUGCCGCCUACCAAAUAGAAGGCGCUUGGAAUGAGGACGGCAAAGGCCUCUCCAUUUGGGAUACAUACACGCAUGCGCAUCCGGAGCGUAUACGCGAUCGUACAAAUGGUGAUGUGGCGGCGGAAUCUUACUAUCGUUUUGAACAAGACUUAGCGGCGCUGAAAAAACUCAAAGUCAACUUCUAUCGCUUUUCCUUCUCAUGGCCCCGCCUGCUGCCCAACGCAGAUACGACGGUGAUAAAUCAAAAGGGCAUUGACUAUUACAACAUGAUGAUAGACAAGCUGUUGGCAAAUAACAUUGAACCCAUGGUGACGAUGUUUCAUUGUGACCUGCCAGAGGCGCUCAACCAGUUCGGCGGCUUCACCAACGCUAUUAUUAUAAAGUAUUUCCGUUAUUACGCUGAGUUUCUAUUCGAAACUUUUGGCGAUCGCGUCAAGAAGUGGAUCACUUUCAAUGAACCAUUCGAUUACUGCGUUUUGGGCUAUGGCAAAUCGUACUUCCCGCCACUGGUGCAUUCCCCCGGUGUUGCUGACUAUCUCUGCAUGGACAAUACAUUGCGCGCUCAUGCUGCCGCUUACCGCGCCUACAGAGCGAACUAUUUCCAGAGGCAAGGCGGUAAAAUAGGCAUCACCAUAAGCAGUCGUUUCUACUACGCGCAGCAUAAGAGUGGCGAUGAAGACGUCGUUGAACGCGCAAUGCAGUACUCGCUUGGUUGGCUGGCCAAUCCCAUUUUCGGCAAGACUGGCAAUUAUCCACAACUCGUAUUGGACGAUAUUAGAAACAACAGCUUAAGCGAGGGUCUAUCCUGGUCUCGCUUGCCGCCAUUUAAUGAAUUCUGGUCUAAGGUCAUUAGAGGUGCUGGCGACUUUCUGGGUCUCAAUUAUUACACUUCACGUUACGCUGCACUCACCAAGACUCCCGCCGGCGAGAUACCUUCUUGGGAAUAUGACUCACAGCUUCAAUAUUCUGUUGACGAGAAAUGGAAGCAGGGCAACUCAAAUUGGCUUUAUUGCGUGCCACAGGGACUGGAAGAUAUCCUAAAAUGGAUCCGCGACCACUACGAUAACGUCGAGGUCUUCAUAACGGAAAAUGGUUGGUCGGACUAUGGCCAGUUGGAGGACACAGAACGCGUCGAUUUCCUGCAGGCUCACUUGCAAGCGGUGCUAAAUGCCGUCAAUGAUGGCUGCAAGGUCACACAUUACUCACACUGGAGUUUAAUUGAUAAUUUCGAGUGGAACAUGGGCUAUACCCAGAAGUACGGCCUCUAUUAUUUGAAUAUGACGAGCCCAAAUAAGGAUCGCAUAGCCAAGAAGUCUGCAUAUUAUUACAGAAGUGUGAUCGAUGGUAGAAAAAUAUUACAUAGCCUAAAUUAAAUAAGAAAACCAAAGUAUUCAUUUUAUACAAUAACAUAUUAUAUUAUAUGCCUAAAAAUAAAUGCCUCGUAGGCAACUCCUAAAGGA